CGUGAAUAGCGCGAUAUUAAGACGCACAUCAAUUAGUAACACAGAUAUGGAAAGAGCUAGUAGCAGCACGCAGAGUACGACGACACCAUCACCACCGAUAGCGAAAUACUACCCAUCUGCAAGAGAAGGGGAGGUCGAUAUGACUGGAGUUGUCCAUCUUUUUAAGGAUUCGCGAUCAUUAGAAGAGAGUGAUAGUGAUGUUAUGAAUGAACUGAAUUAUAUACAGACAUCAACAAGCGCAGGUGGCGGAUCAACAGAACGUAAUGCGAUCGUUGGUAUAUUGGCAGUACCAUCUUCUAUGUCUCCAUCUGAUUUACUUGAAUUUAUCAGACCUGCUUUGGACGCUAUAUCGCAUAUACGAAUAUUGCGUGACGCGGCCCCGAAUCGUUAUAUCACGCUUAUAAAGUUCAAGGAUUAUCGUGAUGCAUUAGAGUUUAAGGAGAUGUACGAUGGUAUUCCUUUCUCGAGUUUGAAUGAAGAGAUAUGUCGUGUUGUACGCAUAUCUUCAGUGAAGAUCCAAGACACAAAGGAAAGCGCAUCGUUUGACAAUUUUGGUGAUGGUUGGAUAUCUAAACAUCCACAACAACAACAGUGCACAGAAUUGCCAACAUGUCCAGUAUGUCUUGACAGGAUGGAUGGUAGCACGACCGGAUUGAUGACAAUCCCUUGUAAUCAUAGCUUUCACUGCAGCUGUCUCUCUGCAUGGCCAAACUCCCGAUGUCCUGUUUGCCGCUACUCGUUGCCGAAAUUUCAGCCAGCAAAGCGCGAUGAAAUGCGCACGCAGUGCGCAAGUUGUGGGAAGGUGGAGGAUUUGUGGAUUUGUCUCAUAUGUGGUCAUGUCGGCUGUGGUCGCUACGGCCCUGGCCAUGCUUAUAGACAUUACGAGCAGACUACACAUCUCUUCUCACUCGAUCUCGAAACACAACGUGUGUGGGAUUAUGCAGGUGAUGGAUACGUUCACAGGUUGAUUCAGAAGUCUGAUGGUAAGGUCGUUGAGCUUCCCUCAGCGACUUCUCAUUCCCUUGGGUCGUCGAAAGGAAAAGAAAGCGCUGAUGGUAAUACAGACAAGGGUGGUGCGAAUGAUGAAAUUGUUGCUAUGGAGUUCUCCUCUCUCCUUGCAUCACAACUCGACACUCAGAGGUCCUAUUAUGAGGAACAGCAGCUAGAACUACAUGCACGUCUAGAAAGCCUUGAAAGUGUCGUAGAAGCUCAAAAACAUUCUCGGGAAAGCGAUGACGAUCUUAGGAAAGAGAAUGCAAGGCUAGAGAAGAAGGUAAUAAAAUCCAACGAGGUACUCCAUCAUGUUCGCAGACAAGCAGAAGAAGAAAAGUCAUUCUCAGAGGGACUUCUCACGCGUAUCGACAAAUUGAUCGAGCAGAAUGAAAGUCAAAGUCAAAUAAUAUCAACACUGACAGCAGAAAACGGGGAUUUGAAAGAAAACGUACGAGACUUGAUGUUUUUUGUUGAAGCACGUGAUAAAGUACCAGCUUUGGCGGGAGGUGAGCUCUCCGGAGGGACAGUCGGGAUUGCUGCACCUGCACCUGCGCCAUCGACAUCGAGCCAGAAGAAGAAGAAGAAGAAGGAGAAAGAGAAGGAGAAGAGGGGGGAUAACACAACUAAAUAGCCCUAGCAUAAGUUAUAAUUGUAUUGUUGUAUGAAUAGCUCUUUGAUC